GAAUUCUUUCCUUAUUUUGGCAGAAUCAAAUCCAUUUUUUUUUUUUUUGGGUUACAAAGAAUCAAAUCCAUUUUAUAUAUUUAUUUUUGAAAAGAAUCCAUUUUUAUAUGUUUAUCAACAAAAUAAUCCAUUUUAUUAUUGAAUUAAUCCCUUAAUUAUAGUCUUUCUCUCUCCCAAGUCCCAACCCUUUUCUAUAUAAAUAAAUUACCACCAACCCCAUUCUUAUAUCUCUCUCCCAAAACACACACUCUCUUUCUCUCUGUUUUUCUCACCAAUCCCCAUUCACUUUUCAAACUUCAACACAUUCAACAAUGGCUUCAAGCAAUGACAUCCCAACAACAGGCAAAGGUCUAAUCGUAAGCUUCGGCGAGAUGCUAAUCGACUUCGUUCCAACAGCUUCCGGCGUAUCACUCGCCGAAGCACCAGGCUUUCUGAAAGCUCCCGGAGGUGCACCGGCAAACGUUGCAAUCGCCAUCACGAGACUCGGUGGUAAUUCAGCUUUCGUCGGUAAACUUGGAGACGAUGAAUUCGGUCACAUGCUCGCUGGGAUCUUGAAAGAAAACGGUGUUAAAGAUGAAGGGAUAACUUUCGAUGAAGGUGCAAGAACUGCUUUGGCUUUUGUUACUCUACGCGCUGAUGGAGAGCGUGAGUUUAUGUUUUAUAGAAAUCCUAGUGCUGACAUGCUUCUUAAACCUGAAGAACUUAACCUUGAACUCAUCAGAUCUGCAAAAGUUUUCCAUUAUGGAUCAAUAAGCUUGAUCGUUGAGCCAUGCAGAUCAGCACACUUGAAGGCACUGGAAGUGGCCAAAGAGGCUGGUUGCCUUUUAUCCUAUGAUCCAAACCUCCGUCUACCAUUGUGGCCCUCAGCCGAUGAAGCUCGCAAGCAAAUACUGAGUAUAUGGGAAAAGGCUGAUUUGAUCAAGGUUAGUGAUAAUGAGCUGGAGUUCUUGACUGGAAGUGACAAAAUUGAUGAUGAGACUGCUUUGACAUUGUGGCACCCCAAUUUGAAGUUGCUCCUUGUCACUCUUGGUGAACAUGGCGCAAGAUACUACACCAAGAAUUUCCAUGGAACAGUAGAAGCAUUCCAUGUCAAUACAGUUGAUACAACCGGUGCCGGUGAUUCCUUUGUUGGUGCUCUAUUGGCCAAGAUUGUUGAUGAUCAGUCCAUACUAGAAGUGAGUGCUUAGCCUACUCCAAUGGAAAUACAAGUUUAACUGAUUUUGUUUGUAUAUUUUUUUAAUGUUAUCUUAAUUUAUAAUUGAUUUAUUUUCACAAACUAAUUGCAGGAUAAACCAAGGUUAAGAGCAGUACUUAAGUUUGCAAAUGCAUGUGGAGCAAUCACAACUACUAAAAAGGGAGCAAUUCCUGCUCUUCCUAAGGAGGAGGAUGUACUCAACCUGCUCAAUGCAUAGAUUUCUUUAACAUAUUUUGUUUUCUUUGUUUCACCUUUUCGUUGGUGUUGCUUUUACUCAAUCUAAGAGGGAAUUUGUCUCUAAUUUUCUUUGUUUCUUCCCUUUAUUUUCUGAAUUGACAGCAAAAACAUAUGCUGAGUUUGGCGAAAUAAUGUUUCUUGAAUUUUGAUAUGAGCUAUUGAAUGAAAAUUUGAUUAAGGAGUGUUGAUGCUUCUUAAUUCGUAAUA